CCUGCUUUGAUAACACCUGAUCCCUACAACAUCGAGGAGAAUAAAUAAAAACUAAAUUAUAAUAGACAAAAAUCUAAAAAGAAACGAUGGAGCGAAUGCAGGUUAUGACACUUAAAUGGAGUAACGAAUUAGGAUUUAAUUCACAAAAUGGAUGAGGAUAGAAAUAAAUUAUGAAAAUAAGUUAAAUGGCAACUCAUAUUUUGAAGAUUCAUUAAAAUCAUGUACUAAUUUUCUUUGAAGGAGUGUCAUAGUAACUCAACAUGGCGUUCAUACAGAACACAUUUGACAGUUGCCACUCUCUCCGAACAGGAAGUUUUCUGCAUCAUCAACACACGGCGACAAUGCCAUACUUACAUUGUCAAUGACAACAGGCUGAUUAACAAUUACUUCGUAAGGUUCCAUUAUACUACAAUGAUUUAGAACAACGCAUGAAAACAACCCCGGCACUACUCGAUCGCUAUGACGUCAUGUCCGCUGUCUGGUGACUGCACAGUACUAAUGCUCAAGUUUUCAGGAGAAAUAAUUAUAAUACUUUUGUUUUGAGUCUUGAAUUCAGUAAAUUCAUUUGUGUUCAAUUUAGGCAAUCUAGUGAAACAAAUGUAGAUGACGGAAGUAUUACAAAUACAUUAUGACUCAUUUGAGUUCCAUUGAACCAGUACCAUCUGUUGGAACAAAUGUGAACUAAUCAUGACCACCAAAUAUUCCAACUACCGUCUUCAGCUGCCGCGCGCACGAGCGUGGCCUUGUGAGGGAAGUUUACGGAAGUGUUGGGGAUCAUGAACGAAGAUUGCAAUGUUCGUGUGCGCCCUCCUGGUUUUCCACCAACCCCAUUGGGACUAGAAGCAUUGUAUUCAUUAUGUCGGAGGUUAUAUCCAGAUCAACCGAAUCCUCUGCAAGUAACGGCUGUCGUAAAAUACUGGUUGGGUGGUCCUGAUCCUUUGGAUUACAUUAGUAUGUACACCAAUCCUGGGAUUCCAGAACAGAAUAUUCCACCACACUGGCAUUACAUCAGUUUUGGGUUGUCAGAUUUGCAUGGUGAUGGCCGUGUUCAUGAAGUAACUGGACCUGGGAACCCUAGUGGUUUUGGAUUUGAAUUAUCAUUCCGUUUAAAGAAAGAACCAGGAGAGACUGCUCCACCCACUUGGCCUGCAGCAAUGAUGCAAGCUCUAGCAAAAUACGUGUUUGGAUCAGCCAAUACCUUAUGUGCUGGAGAUCAUGUUUCAUGGCAUUGUGCUUUGGACAACAGUGAAUCCCGCAUUCAGCACAUGCUUAUGGCAAUAGAUCCACAAUUAGGAGCCUGCCAUACUCCCUUUGGAGUGGUUCAAUUUAUACAAAUUGUUGGAAUUUGUACCGAAGAGUUACAAGCUGCUCAGCAUUGGAAUGGAACAGGCAUUUUAGAAAUUCUCAGGAGAUUACCUGGAGCUGGGGGACAGUGGCUCAUCACAGAUAUGCGUCGGGGUGAAAGUAUGUUUGAGCUAGACCUUUCUGCUCAAGAGGAAGUUGAUCAAGGAAUAGAAACUGAAGGGUCCAAUCUUAGUGGUGUUAGUGCACGCUGCAAUUGGACUGACGUUGAUCUACAGGCAAUUCUUCCUACUAGUGGAGAUGAUUACCCAGAUGAAGAUUCAAAUGAUUGUCCUGAUGACUUUGAUCAUUCUGUAUCUGUGGUUCUUCCAUCGAUAAGCGAAAGGGAAAGUAGACAAAUUAAAGCAGCUCUUCGGAAAGGUUUACUAAAUACCAAAUUAGGACAUCCACAUAUGGGUCGUGCUCUUGAUGAUAACGAAAAUAUUUGCAAGAAGGAACUGUAUGAAACAAGCUCAACAGAGUUGGGCGUUCUUGAAUCAACAGAAUUGUUAAGGACAAAACAGUUAGCUGGGUUGCAUUUGACUUUCAAUCUUGAGGCAGGGAGUCUUCUGCCUUUAGCUAUAAAAGGCAGAAUUAAACAUGGACGUCAUUUUACAUUCAAGACAGUGUUAGGAGAUUCUGCUAUAACAUUAGUAGCUCCUACUGUAACGGGGACAUUUGUGGAUGCUGAACAUCCCUAUGUUUCUCGUGGACCAUGGCUUCAAGUUUUGAUUCCAGAUGAUUUGGCUGAUGAAAUGUCCGAUAGUUUUGAAGUGUUCACCAACUUAGAUGAAGUGAGUUUACAAUGA